AGACUGCCAACGAAGCUGUCCUACUAGCAGCAUAAAACAGCAAAAUUGAAUUCCCAAAGGCGAGUCUCAUCAUACAAUUCUACUCUCUCUCUCUCUCACCCACUUUACCUCUUUCGCUUUUCUCCACUAACACAACACAAAAAGACUCACCACCCCUUUUGCUUUUGGCGUUUUUGGAUUGUUGUAGAUCCACAAAAUUAAACAAGAUGAUCCAAGAACUGUUGGAUGGUGGUGCAAGCCUCAUAGCUGGAGAAAGAAAAUCCUCCAAUAAUCCAGUAGGAGGAGUUUUGCUACCAUCACCACCAUCUCAAACCCCUUCUUCCACAACAACCACUCACACCACCACAUCUACACCUACAACCACCACCGUCACCGCCACCACCACUGCAUCAGAGAACCAAAACCUGCGGUGCCCUCGAUGCGACUCCUCGAACACCAAGUUCUGCUACUACAACAACUACAACCUCACUCAGCCUCGCCACUUCUGCAAGACAUGCCGCCGGUACUGGACCAAAGGCGGCGCUCUCCGGAAUGUCCCCAUCGGUGGCGGCUGCCGGAAAAACAAGACCAUCGGAGUAGCAAACUCUGUGGCGGCCAAGACAACCACCAGCGCAACCAGGAUGAAAACGGUUGCGUCGGAGCUCGGAAGAUCACCGCCAUCAGGGCUUGGCCAUGGGUCAUUCGAAGGCGAACAUGUGCUGCCGCCUCCGACUCAUGGCCAAAUCCUGUGGGGCUCUCCCCAGAACUCUCAUCUCUUGGCUUUGCUAAGAGCUAGCCAAGCCCAAAACCAAAAUCAAAGCCCUAACCCUAACCCUAUUGCAGUGAAGGAAGAAGGUAACAACAACUUCAUGGGCCACUUGGUGACUGACCCUUUGGUUUCAAAUGGUCUUCUGAAUCAUCAAUACAGAAGCCUAGGCUAUGAUGCUCAUGCUAGUGUUGCUGGCCAUGCUCCUACACUUGGGUUAUGCAGUUCAUUUUUUAGGACCAAUAUUCAAGACCAAGCUCAACAGCAACAACACAAUGGAGGCUUUGUGCUUGGAUUACAUAACCACAACAGUGGAAUCCAAGAGCUUUACCAGAAGCUGAGAUCUUCAGCUUCAGCUAAUAACUACUGCGGCGAUGCCUCGCCGGUAUUUCUCGGGAACGUGGCGGCUUCUAGUUAUUCCUCUUCCAUGUCCAACAUUUUGGAGCCAAAUUCAGUUGCAGGAGGAGGUGAAUUGGGGUACUGGAAUCCUCCAACGCUUUCGUGGUCUGAUCUUCCAACCACAAAUGGUGCAUAUCAGUGACAUUAAUGUUAAACUACUUUUCUCUCCAAUUUCUUCUUUUUCUAAUUUCCAUUAGAUAGUAGCAUAGAGGUACUUAGUUUGCUUCCCUUGUUGUUGGUUUGUUUUUGGGUGGUAUAUGGAUAUGGAUCUAGCACAAGCUGUUGUUUUUUCCCCCCUUCCUACUCUCUUCUUCUAUAAUUUUCUGUUUUCGGUGUAAGUUGGUUAAUGGUGUGUUUGGCUAUGUUAUCCAUGGUUAAUUAGAGGACCAGAGAUCGAGUUUAAAAUUUCAGGAAAAAUGCAGUGUAUUUUGAAUGUUCAUAUUAGAUGGUCUCUUCAUUUUAUUA